AUGCGGAUCUCCUUCCUCCUUCUCGCCGCCUCUCUGUGCGCCUCGGUCCUCCUCCUCCCACCUGCCUCGGAGGGCUGCGGGCCGGGGAGGGGGUACGGCAAAAGGCGGCCACCGAAGAAGCUCACCCCGCUGGCUUACAAGCAGUUCAGUCCCAACGUGGCCGAGAAGACCCUAGGAGCCAGCGGGCGGUAUGAGGGCAAAAUUACUCGCAACUCCGAACGCUUUAAAGAACUGACGCCAAAUUACAACACAGAUAUUAUCUUCAAAGAUGAAGAGAACACGGCCGCCGACAGGCUUAUGACCCAGCGAUGUAAAGACAAGCUGAACUCUCUGGCCAUCUCUGUGAUGAACAUGUGGCCGGGGGUGAAGCUGAGAGUGACAGAGGGUUGGGACGAGGACGGCCACCAUUCAGAAGACUCACUGCACUACGAGGGCCGUGCUGUCGACAUCACCACCUCAGACAGGGACAGAAACAAGUAUGCCAUGUUGGCCCGGCUGGCUGUGGAGGCUGGAUUUGACUGGGUCUACUAUGAAUCCAAAGCCCACAUUCACUGCAGUGUCAAGUCAGAACAUUCGGUGGCAGCAAAAACUGGCGGUUGUUUCCCUGGUGAUGCUCAGGUGACCCUCGAGGGUGGGGCUACCAAACAGGUGCGCGACCUUCACCCCGGUGAUCGAGUCUUGGCUUCUUCGACAACGGACGGCAGCGGCCCCCUUCUCUACAGUCCGGUCGUAUCCUUCCUGGAUCGCCAGCCCAACGUCACAAAGAUCUUCUACGUCAUCGGCACCGCUGCAGGACUUAACAUCACGCUCACAGCUGCACACCUGAUCUUUGUGGCAGACGGGAACUGUACUGGAGGGCCGGGGAGGGAAGAGACCGUCGAUAGGCCGUUUCUGGGGUCCAGAGGGGAGAGAAGGCCUAAUUGGGGCAGCAUAGCAGGUUUGAGGACGGUUUUUGCCAGUGAUGUGCAGCCGGGACAAUGCGUACUGACAUCGCUAGGGAGAGCGGGGUCAGAGGCAACACUGUCAGCUGUGACCUUUGUGGAGGUGCGGAGGAGCACGGGGUUGUAUGCCCCGCUAACCCAGCAUGGCUCUAUAGUAGUGGAUGGGGUUCUGGCAUCUUGCUAUGCUGUUGUGGACCAGCACCAUUUGGCCCACUGGGUCCUGGCCCCACUGCAGUUCUUCUACAGCCUGAUGGGACCCUCAGAAGCACAGACUGAUGGGCUGCACUGGUACCCCUGGCUGCUGCAGAGGCUGGGGGUAAUGCUGCUGGACCCUGGACAUUUCCACCCCUGGGGGAUUGAAGAAGGACAGAGAUAA